AUGAGCAACAGUGUCUCUGAGAACACCGCGUCGCCAGGAUCUGGUGCGUCUGAAAGGCAAAAGCUCGGCGAUCAAGCUCAGUCGCGCGAAGCACUUCGCCAGAUAACUGAGCGAGACGCCACUAGCUCUCCGCUCUUUCGCCUUCCUGCUGAGAUCCGAAACAUGGUCUUCAACCAUGUGUUCCAAGACGAGCGUUACUGCAUCGGUCCCGGCUACUGGAUGGAGGACUACCCCAGCCUUCGCCGUAACUUAAGCCUGCUUCUCGUUUCUCGUCAAUUAUAUCACGAAACAGUAUUAUUGCCGUACAAGCUCGCAGUCUUCCAGCUACUAUAUCAUAGCUACGAGCAUUCAGUAUUGCUUCAUUUAAAGGGAUUUCUCCGGGGACAAUCAAAGGCACAGAUCGAAGUCAUGGUUUGGGUCGGAUGCUACGAUAGCCUUUACAUGAAGAUGGCGGUGAUGGGAACUGGGGUGUACUGGGCCGCAACAUUACAGCUCACAUAG